AUGAAUGGGCUCGGGGGCACAGGUGCCCAGCAGUCGAAGGACUGUUCCUUCGCUGCUGGAUCUGUGGCUGGCGCACCAUUGCGCGUGAGUUGGUUUCUGGUGAUCCUUUUUCUCUCCCAACUUGUGGACGCUAUCAACGAGCAUCAGCUGCCGUUGUGGGUCCGCAUCACCCAAGUCACGGUCAAUGAGCUCCUCCUCCUUUUCACAGUGCUGUGCCAUGAGAUGGGCCAUGGAACCAUGGCGCGCCGGUGUGGCGGCACCAUUGCGGAGGUGUUGCUGUGGCCCUUCGGUGGCAUUUGCUUUACAACCCGUGGCCCAACACAAGAUCCAAAACAAAGCCUCACCAAUGAGCUGUACAUCGUGGCCGCAGCCGGACUGCCCAGAACAGACGCCGUACCCGACCCUGCGGCCGAAUUGAUGCUGGGAGAAGAAGAGCUGAUUUGCACUGGCUGUGGAGCCUUGGCGAUUGAAGAUUGUGAAUGCCUGAAAGUGACAGAUGUGUGCUGGGUCGUUUACAUCACUCGCCUUGAGGGGCAUCUGCUCGUGGCCGUUCCAUUCACUGCAUGGCAUCGUCUGAGGGCCAAUCGUGCUCUCCCACCGAAUACACUCUCGAAAGUGACAGCUGCAGUGGAGGACACGGACGACUACAUCGAGAAGCGCAAGAAGCCAAAGAGGGAAGACGGCGAUCUCUCCGAGGAGCAGCCGUCUCCGAAGCGGAAGGCGAAAGCGAAGCCUCGCCGGUUCGGGGACAACGCUGCAACCCCGGAGGCGUUCCGGGGAGGGCGUCCAGACACAUCAUCUCUGGCAAGGAAACGCCUGAUUUGUCUUCAGGUGGUGCUUCUGGGCUGGUUUGUCUUGGGCUCUCCUAGUGUGGCUCCCAGAAUUUUGAAGUUGGGGGCUCGCCUGUCAGCAAAGCAAUGGAGCAUUGUUCACAAUUUGCAGCAUUUGGCCUUUGACAGUAAUUUUCCCAUUAACAUUGAUGCAGACCUCGUGGGCCGGGGCGCCAGCAAGCUUGAGACGUUUGAAGAUUCCCUCAAUGCGUUGCGCUAUGAAAGCUCUUCUUUGACAGCUGGUGCACCUAUUGGCAAAGUAAGCAAAGUGUGUGUGAGUCCAGCCAAGGCCAUCGAGCCUGACAGGUUGGAGUUUCCUUCACCCCCUGCUUUUGACCCGUUGCCGUUCUUGGACCCUCAAACUGCUCAAGUCUAUGAACGACCUCUAGCUGUGGGCAAGACGUGGGCUGACAUCCAUGAGCGGCCGCCUGCGGUGCAUAUUCGUGCCACCAGGCAAAACAAGCUGGACCUGCUCAAGAAGCUCUGUGACUCCGGACGGCUCAAGCCCGUGCACAGGGACAAUGUCAGAAGUUCCUUUUUGUCUGGCCUUUUUGCGGCGCCCAAGAAUCUCACCCGUGACAGAUUGAUUUUAGAUGCUCGCCCUGCUAACAUGGCUGACAAAGCUUUGCAGAAGUGGUGCAAGUCUAUGGCUUCAGCAGCUAUCCUUUCAGACAUAGUCCUGGAGGACGACGAGAUUCUGAUUGCUUCUGGAGAGGACUUGCGAGAUUUCUUUUAUCAAUUCCACGUGGGAGAAGAGCGCGCCAGGCGAAAUGCCUUCGCAGAUCCCUUGACGUUGGACGAAGCGGCUUAUGUCUUUGGCACGGCUCCUGCCGGCUGGCCUGAGCCCAUUUACUGUGGGCUUUGCGCCUUGGCUAAGGGCGACCAAAACGCUUGCGAGUUUGCUCAGUGUGCACACCUGGCUUUGAUGCUGCGGGCGGGCGUUGUUGAGCCUCAUGAGAUGUUGAGCACGCAAGGCGACGUACCCAGAGGGCUCAUGUCGGUUGGAGUGAUCAUUGAUGAUCUGGUGCUUCUUGAGAAGAUGCUUUGCAAAGAUUUCCCGGGUGUCGAAUCCGGGCUGAGGCGGACCCUUUCAGAUGAGAGACUUGACAAAGCUCUGCAAGCAUAUGCUGGAUGCAAGCUGGAGGUCAACCUCAAGAAGGAGUUCAGGAACCAAACAGACGCCAGAUUUUGGGGCAUUGAGCUUGACGGCAAAAAGGGGUUAGUGCGAGGAUCGUCGCUGAGAAUGUGGCCUUUGGUGGUUAUCACGGCAAGGGUCGCCAUGCUAGGACUUUGCACUGUAAGCCUCCUCGAAGCUUUAGCGGGGUCCUGGGUUGCAUUGUUGUCAGUGCGGAGAAGAUUGAUGAGCGUGAUGAACAGCAUUAUUGAAGGUGUUGCAAUUACAGAUCAAACCACAGUGUUGAGGCUUUCAGACGUCAUCAUCGAUGAACUUUGGUGUUUGGUUUUGUUAGGAUCUCUAGCUGUGAGCAACCUUCGUGCGCAACACACCCCCUUCAUCACUGCAACUGAUGCAUCCACCGGGUGGCUUGCGUGGCGGCGAGCGAAUGGGAGUUUGGCGCCGGAGGAUGAGCUUCCUGCUGAGAGUUUUGAUGCUAGGCGGUGCUUUGAGCAGUUUCCGGCACCUCAUUUUGUGCUGCCAGAGAUGGGUGCCGACCCACUGCCGCAGAUCACCUGCAGCUGCGGGCGGCAGCGCGAACGGGCGUCGAAGGCGCCAGAGCGGCUGCUGCCCUGCGAUUGCGGAGCCGAGGCCUGUGAUGCCAGCGAGGCGGAGGGGCCCCAAACAGGGAUGCAGCGGACAAAACGGAUGGAUCAGGGAACCUUAUGA